AUGUGUCGCUAUAAAUCUAUUCCUCUAGCACUUCUACUUCUCUUCGUACUUUCGAGUGAUGCACAAACGAGAAAAGUCAGACUGCGUCAACGUCCAGUCCAAAUUGAAAGUGUUGAAGAAGAAACUAGUGAAGAACUUGGAAGUCCAGCCAUUCAAUAUUAUCGUCCACAAGCCAAACAAGAUAAUGCACAAGAAUUAGUCUACGUGAGCGAAGAUGAAUACCAAAAUAUUUAUGCACAGCACCAACAACAGCAACAGCAGUCUAAACCACGUGACUAUAGACCAGCUCUUACAACAGUUCGUCCAUUGCCAAGAGCUAAUCAUUCACCAACAACUUUAGCGCCAAGAACGAAGAUUAAUGAGGAAAAGGCAGCUCCCGUACAGACAAUCAGAAACUACAAUAAAGUUAAUGAUGAUGGUUCAUUCACAUUUGGCUAUGAAGCAGCUGAUGGAAGUUUCAAGGAAGAAACACGUGGUACCGACUGUGUUGUACGCGGAAAAUAUGGAUAUGUCGAUCCUGAUGGCAACAAACGUGAAUUCACUUACGUCAGUGGAAAUCCAUGUGAUCCAAAUAAUCCAGAUGGUGAGGAAGAAGAUGAUCAAAGCAAUCGCUCAGAAGAACAAGAUGAAAAUGUUCCACAAAAUUAUCCAAAGAGACCAGCAGUAGCAAUUCAACGUCCACGUCCCACACAAUCACCAACAACACGUGCCCCAACAACAGUCUUCCAAAAUCGUUAUAAUGCACAAGAAGAGGAAGAAGAACAAAUUCAAUAUGCUCCAAUUCCAAAAACAUCACCACGACCAGCCUAUGCUCAACCAACUCAAAGACCACGUGUUCAGGUAAUUCAUACUACACCGGUUCCACAACCACAGCAACAACAACAAUCAUUCAAUUAUGCCUCACCCACACCAUCAGUAAAUAUAACACCAAAACCAGCUUAUAAGAUUCACAACAAUGUAUUGUCCCUUCACCAGACUCAAGAACCAGCAACAACUUAUCGUCCACACACUGUCUCAAUUGUCACUCCAAAGCCAGCUAUUCAAACAACAGCUUCCGCAUAUAAUCCAUCCAAGAGUGUCACAUUCGGUCAUCAAGCAGCCAAUUCUAAUCGUCAACAACUCGACUUUGAUGCUGAAUUCCAGAAGUUCACACAAGAAACUGGCUUCAAACCAAUUACAUCACCACCAGUGACGCAAUCAACAAAGACUGUAAAGAUUCAACCAUCAGGUCAAGCAGGAACAACAUCAAAUCCAAUUUAUCAAACACAAUUGGUAUAUAAUCCAUCAAAUGGUCAAUAUGAUUCAGCAUUAUAUCAAACAAUUCCACAAACUGAUGGAGAUUUCUCAUUAAAUCAAAGAAUUCAACCUUAUGUCCAACAAUAUCAAAUUCCACAAAAUGCCCCAGUUCCACAAGCUGUCUAUCGUCCACAACAAGUCCAGCAGCACCAACAAGCCGCACAACAGCAUCAUCAACAAUCCGCACCACAGCAUCAUCAGCAACAUCAACAACCUCAAAUUCCACAACAAGUCUAUCAGAAGCAACAAAAUGAAUUGCAAUUUGUCAAUUCACAGCAGCUUUUCGCACAACAAUUGCAAAUGCAACAGACACAAUUACAACGUGACCGUGUUGAAGCAGCAAAGAAGCAACAAUCACAUAGAUUCCAAUUACAAAAUGCUGAGCCAUCACCAAUCUUACGUGGACAGGGUGGACAACAAUAUUAUUACCUUCAACCAUCAGAACAAGGCAGUGGACAAAUUGAUCAAUUCUUACGAGGACAUAAUUUAGAAUAUUAAGUUCAUUGACAGCAUGAAUUGCCAUUUUACUUAAUUUAUAGUCAAUGACGAAAAAAAAAAUGUUUUUUAUUGCAUAAUUUUAAAAAUUUCACAUUUCAAUUUGUUGAGACUUGAAUCAUGAUUUAUAGAAAUGGAAGGAUGAUAAGAAUACUGCAUGAUAUUUUUUUUAUAAACUGCAUUUUUUUGGAGAAGUCUGUCAUUUCAUAACGAAAAACCUUAUUCUGGGUGUUUACAAUAAUUAAUGGAUAGUCAUUUUAUGGCUAGCUUGGUCCGAGUUACAAUUCCAAUUCAAUGCUGUAGUUAUUGGCUUUCGUAUGAACUUUAUAUGUCCUGCUCGGGUUGACAU